AGUGCGGAAGGCAGGGCCUGUCUGCGGCUGCGCGCGCUCUUCUUCGUCUGGGACUUCGGUCUGUGUCCCGGGGACGAGCGGUGGCGGGAGCAAUGGCGCCCCUUGGGGAAGGGAGCGAUGACCCCGUGCUGCCAGACCUGCCCCGGGGGCCCCUGCAUGCGGCCCGUGCCCGCGCCUCCUUCCCCUGGAAGGAAUUGGCUCUGUUCUGGGAAGGGCCGGACAUGCUGCGCUUCAAGAAAAACAUCUUCUCGGCGCUGGAGAACGACCCCCUCUUCGCCCAUCCCCCCGGCAGUCUCUCGCUGGAGAAGUACCGGGAGCUGAACUUCCUGCGCUGCAAGCGGGUCUUCGAAUACGACUUCCUCCGCGUGGAGGACUUGCUGGGGAGCCCGCUGAGGGUGCUGGCGCUGAUCCAGUGCCUGGGCAUGUACGACUGGUCCCUGGCCACCAAGUUCUUCCUGCACACGCUGACCUUUGGAUCGGCGAUCUACAGCUCUGGUUCUGAAAGGCAUUUCAAAUAUCUUCCAAAGAUCUUCAAUAUGGAGAUUUUUGGAUGUUUUGCUCUGACUGAAGUGAGUCACGGGAGUAAUACCAAGGCCAUGCGGACGACCGCACACUACGACCCCACCACUGAGGAACUCAUCAUACACUCCCCUGAUUUCGAAGCCGCCAAGUUCUGGGUUGGCAAUCUGGGCAAGACGGCUACGCACGCGGUGGUGUUUGCUCAGCUGUACACGCCGGGGGGCCAGUGCCACGGGCUGCACCCCUUCGUCGUGCAGAUUCGGGACCCGAAGACCCUUCUUCCCAUGCCAGGGGUGAUGGUUGGCGACAUCGGAAGGAAGCUUGGACAGAAUGGUCUGGACAACGGAUUUGCCAUGUUCCACAAGGUCAGGAUUCCUCGCCAGGACCUGCUGAACCGCUCAGGAGAUAUCACCCCCGAGGGCACCUACGUCACCCAUGUUAAGGACGCCAGGCAGCACUUCAGCGAGUCCCUGGGCAGCCUGUCCUCCGGCCGGGUCGCCAUCGCGGGCAUGUCCGUCGUGAACCUAAAGCUGGCCGUGUCCAUAGCUCUGCGUUUCUCAGCCACCAGGCGUCAGUUUGGACCAACAGACGAGGAGGAAGUACCGGUGCUGGAGUAUCCGAUGCAGCAAUGGCGUUUACUUCCGUACCUGGCCGCAGCCUAUGCCUUGGACCACUUUUCCAAAUCUCUCUUCCUGGAUCUGGUGGAGCUUCAGCAAGGCCUUCUGGGGAAAGACCGGAGCGCCAGGCAGGCAGAGCUGGGACACGAGAUCCACGCCUUGGCGUCAGCCGGCAAGCCCCUGGCCUCGUGGACGGCCCAGCGCGGAAUCCAGGAGUGCCGGGAGGCGUGCGGAGGACACGGCUAUCUGGCCAUGAACCGUCUGGGAGACCUCAGAGAUGACAAUGACCCGAACUGCACAUACGAAGGCGACAACAACGUCUUGCUGCAGCAGACCAGCAACUACCUGCUUGGGCUGCUGGUGCGCCGGGACCAAGACGGUGCCCGCAUUGAGAGCCCGCUGAAGACCGUGGACUUUCUGGAAGCCUAUCCCAACCUCCUUGGCCACAGAUUCGAGGGUUCCAGCCCUGAGGACUGUUUGGACUCCUCAGGUCGCUGGGUCCUCCGGGUGAAGGAGCCGCCCCCUCCCUUACUCGGAGGAUGGAGAGCAUGUGACACAUCGCAGCAUCAGCAGCUGCGGGCACUGGGCGUGCCGUCUCUGGGGGACCCCGCCGGGCUGCACCGCUGCUCACGUCUCCAGGAGAGGAGACCACGGCUGCCCAGUCCACCCCAGUGCACCCCAGUGCAUGUCAGCGGCCAGAGCAGGUGUCAGACCCGGGCUGGGCUGACUUGCCAGCCAUCUCUCCUCCACCUUCUUCAUCACCAUCAUCAUCCAGAAACACUGCUGCUAGUAACUGCUUCGUCUCCCUCACCACACUUCGUUACAGCUUUUCUGACAAUAACGCACCUCCUUUAUCUCCCUUCUUAAAGUGCUAAGAGGACACAGGGACACACUUGAAGAUCUCUUUCUGAUGCUUACAGAGCUCCCCAAAUGUUGCUCCAGGAAGCCCCCAGAAAUGACCUAAUCAUUCUAAUAACAUCAACCCCACCGGAAUGUUUUCCCCUAAUACUGUCCCCCACUGUAAAAUCAGAACGUAAGCACGUGGUCUGCCAGCUUCGGGAGGUGUCCGCUGUGCCCGCUGUGCCCUUUCCCCGCUCGCUGGAGCUGUGGACGCAGGAGCUGUGUUGCGCGCCGGCCAUCAGGAAGCACGCCAGGGCGGCGUCAUCUGUUUUUCCUGUGGGUGCUCUAAUUUCUGCUCGUUCCAACAAAGUGAAAACAUUUUCUGGAGCAAAGAACGCAAACAAAAUUCAUUUGACAAAAGGGGCUUGGCAUCCAACACUGACGGUCGGGAGCCCACAGCCAGCCGUUCGUCUCCAGGGCAUUCGAUCAUGAAAUCCCACACCUCGGGGCCGGCCUUUGUCUCAGCUGCAUCUUGGGUAAAAAGUCCAUAAAUGACAUAUGACCCUGGGGCUCUGUAGGGCUGGACACUCAAGACCUUUCAGGUAUUGAGCGAGGGCUGUCUGCAAGGUCAGGAGAUUUUUCCUCCAGGGAUUAAAAGGUUUGUUUGGAGAGGGAGGGGCCGGGUGGGGCAGCUCUCUGUCUGCUUCCUCUGAUUUAUGUGCUGAGGAUGCGUGUGUGCUGAGGAUGGGUUUAACAAAUGGUCCUGAGUGUUGAGGAGCUGCACGUCGCUGAAUAACUGAGGCCCAGUUUUUUCCUUUAGUUGGCUUAUUUGCAAAAAUAUUAAAUAGUUGGAGUUCA